ACAGACACACGCAUACACAAAGCGGCGAGGCUGGGGCCAUCUGCUGCUGGCAGGGGAGGGGUUCCAGGCGGCGGCACGUUACCAUAGCAACAUCAGGGGAUUUCGUGGCGUUCUUUGGAGUUUCUCGCUUCUUGGUUCGGCUGAGAAGCAGCUGCUAGCCCAAGAUUCGGAAAGCAAAGGGAAAAGGAUAUACAUAUAAACAAAUAUUCAGAAUAGGUGGAAGCAGUUUCAUAGACUGCAGCGCUACGUGUCGGAAAAUCGACUUCAAUUGAAAUGACUAUCUUGUGCUGACAUUGACCAGUUGAAGUUUGAUUGAACUGAUUAGAAUAUAAUCCUUGGAUGUGAGGCUUAAAUGGGUCCAGUUAUUGGCAUGUCUCCAACGAAGAAAACUGAGACCCCAGGAAUAGGGGAAACUUGCAGUUUGAAUUCAAGUUGCCCCAUUGACAGCUUGCCAGACAUGGCUGGUGCAACAAGCAUGAAAGCCAUUUCUGCCAACAAAGGAAUAAUGGAUGAUGAAGAGCUCACAAACCUGAACUGGCUUCAUGAAAAUAAAAAUCUCCUAAAGAACUUCAGCCUGGGUAAUGAGGUGCUUCGCAGUGUUAGUCCUACACGUGACAUCACUGAAGAAGAUUCUAUGUCUUCACCUCUUUCAGAUUCUCUGAACAAUGACCAGCGUGGAUUAAACUCCAAGCCUCCAUAUUCUUUCAGCUGCCUUAUUUUUAUGGCAAUUGAACACUCGGCCAGAAAAUGCCUUCCAGUUAAGGAUAUUUAUAAUUGGAUAUUGGAACGUUUCCCAUAUUUUACCAAUGCACCUACUGGUUGGAAGAACUCUGUUAGGCACAAUCUUUCCUUGAACAAAUGUUUCCGGAAGGUGGAGAAAGACCAUGGCAAGACUGUUGGGAAGGGUUCACUGUGGUGUGUAGACCCACAGUACAGGCCAAACCUCAUUCAAGCCCUAAUGAAGACUCCAUAUUAUUCAACAACACAAGUCUUUUACACACCGCCAGCCUCGCCUCCAAGUGCAUCCCCACCUCCUCAUCACCUCACAACAAUGUCACCACAGCUCCAAAGCUGCCAUCAGAAAGGUUCAGAUAUCGAUGCUGCCACUGCUAUGAUGUUGCUGAAUUCAUCUGCAGAACAAAGACUUCCUCAGUGUGAGCCAUCUCAGCAAAAAAGUCCACCAAUGAGCCGAAAACGAAGUUACAAACGUGCAUUUUCGAAGCCUGCUCCCACUUUGGUGAAAAUAACUGAAGCCACAUGCAGAACAAGGGAGUGUGUUGAAACUUCUCCAUUGCAGAAAGACAGCAAGAGUCUGUCUGGUUUACCAGUCAUCAAUAAUGAUCCUAAAGAAGAACACAAUUACAGUGCAAAUGGUACUGUGUCUCAACGCAGCGAGUCUAGGUCUAGUGUUUCAUCCUUAUCCUCUGGGGAGGAAUCCUAUGAAUUCAUUUCGAAAGCUAGUCGUGGCGGGAGCGAUGGAAGUGAAGGCUUCCACAGCGAUGAAGAGUCUGAGGUAGAUGACUGUGAGAAUGAGUCCAAUGACUUGUUUGGUGCCAAUGCCUACAAAUCUGAGCAAUGUGGAAAGGAUUCUGCUACCGUGUUACGGUUGGCUGGAAAAAGCUGCAAAACAAUGCAACAAGAAGUUGAUGAAGAGCUAAAAGAAGCCGCUGGUUCACUUUUGCACCUUGCUGGAAUCCAUAUGUGCCUGGACUCUUUAGUCAGUAAACCAGGAAAAAGCAGGAAUGGGAAACAUAAUGUGAAAUAGCAUGCUUCCUCUCACAUCUGCCAUUGUGUGUCAUUUGGCAAUAUUCUUCAAUGGAGUUCCUUUUCAAAAGGAAGAUAAAAGCCAUACGAAGACUGAAGUGUUUGCCCUUCGAUAUUAACUGCCAUUUAUUUGCACCUUUCUGAGACAAGAAGUUCUCUAUAGGUUGUAUCAGUUCUUUAAAAGUGAACUUCGCUGGAACUAACAUAUGCAAUGGAUCAGCCUGUAUGCUGAAGUAGUUCUUCAGGCUGUUCUAUUGGUUAAAAUUUCAAGCAGUUGAAAAGUGAAAAAAGCUUUCCUUGAAAAUAAUUAAAGUGUUCAGGGUUGAAAAGGGGUGGUGGGGAUUGGCAAUAUUUUAGACAUCUUGAAGACCAUAUAAUGAACUUUUCAACCUGAGUGAUAUUUAAAAAGUUGACAUCCUGUCACUUUUUCCCUUUCUUGAAUAUGGUUUCCUUCAUUUUCAGAAAUCCUUGAAUGUCAUUAAUGGUACGUCAAUGUUCCUAGAUUGAUUGAUUAAUUUUCUCAGGUGUUUGGGCACAGUUCCUCUAAGCACCAUCUCUCAUGCACAGGCUGGCUCAAGUAACUCGUUGACUGUGUGGGAUAUUGCAGAAAGGCAAUUUAAUCCUUCAUGAUGUACAAAUGCACACAUUUUUCAAUAUGGGUCGUUAUCAGUUCAUCAGAUAUUUUAACAUAUUGGAAAAUUUGUGUAUUUUUCCCUCCUCGCAACAAAGGUAAUUAUAAUGCCUUGUAACUGCUCCCCAGGCUAAAUUGGUGGAGGCUGUGAGAACGUUGCACUUUACAUUGGAAAGAAUGAGAGAAAAAAAAUGAAGUUCACUUUGCUAUGCAGUUUUUAUAAAAGUUUUUUUUAAAGUUCAUCACCAAUGUUUGUGCUUCCAUGAUAUUUGGAGAACUCUGGCUAUUUUCAGAAAUUAUAGAUUGACAAAAAAAGUAACUGUAUAAAUGUAAUUGUUCAAACAGAAGCCACAAUUGAUUAUAUUAAACUGGAAAUAUUGUAAACCUUAAACCACCUUCCUGGGAGUCAUGUGAUAGCACAGGCCUGUAGUGAUUAUUACAACAGUACUGUAGUGGUAACAUCAAAGAGGAUUGGAUUAUCAUUAUGUAAGCAAGCAAUACAUCCAAAUGUCACUGAGCAUUCCAAUUUAGAAUUAAAAUCAGAAUGCAACAGAAAGUCACCAUGCUAUUUUUAAUUCAACAAAUCAUAGAAAAUAACAUGUUGAAGUACAUUGCUGUUGAUUAGUGGACUCAAGCUGAUGUUUGUGCUCGUGACUUUGAAUCCAUUGGUGAGGACAAGACCUUUGUAACAUAUUUAAAUGUGCUUUUUUUUGUUGUUAGCUAUGUUCUUAUAUGAAUCUGUUGAAUCCAUUUCCAGCUGUAGGAAGUUGAUGGAAAGGUUGUCAGCUGCCAGGCUGCCUGAAGUAGUGUGAAAUCAAUAGGAUUCUCACCAGAAUUUACUUUUCCUCACCACGAUGAGAAAUCCCCAAUAAGAAAAAUCAAUAAGAAUGAACUUUUGUGGUAGUUUUUUAACACUGUGCCCUACCUUUUUUUUGCACAGUUCUUAAAUUUUAAUCUUUUGAUUUGGCAAUUUAGCAAUCAUGAGUCCAGAAACACCACACUAUUGCGAUAUGGUAUUAUAGUCUAGUUGAAAUAUUUUCAUGAACACUGUUCAAUAAGUCCUACUCAUUGGCAAUGGUUUCAGAAUCAUCUCUUUUUUUCAUGGAGUAGGGUGGGCUUGCAAUUGGAUGCAUUCAUUUCCUUCACUUGGCUAAUUAUAUUGUGAUUUGCUGAAAUACUGUUAGUCUACUAUACUGGAAGCCCACUAGAGCCAUGUGCAGAAGAUUUUGAUGCAGCUAUAAUAGUAAAACUUUCAUGGUAAUGCGUUUGUUCCCACUUUACAAAGCAGGAUCUCCAUAUAAAACAUCCAAAUAUAAAUCAAGUGAUAUACUUUUCCAGUUAGGGGGAAAAGCUUAACCUACCCCUCAGUGAGAACCUCUGGGGUAUGCAUAGUUGGCCAUUUAAGCCUUCAGCUGUAUUGAACAUUCUUGCUAACUACUAUAACUGAUCACUGCAGUUUGGUACAUGAGGUAUUCACUGGAAAAGUAUGUGAAUUACACCAAUUCAAAUCCCUGACUAAAUUUAAUUUGAUCUUGAAAAGGCAAGUAAACUGGACUUUUCCACCAUGCAUGAUUCGGAUCAGCAUCGGUUAGAAGGCACUCAAAUUAAACGAAGUCUGCUUCUUUGAUGCUCCACAAAGAAAAUUGCAGACUUUCCUACUUGAGAAUCCACCUGACUCCCUGCUUGCAAAUUAGCCCAUCUCUACUCCUAAAUGCCCAAGUGCCACCUGCUAACUGGAUACCACUUUUACCUAUUUCAAAUGGGCAGCUGUUUGGGGAAGUAUUCUACAAGCCUGGAGUUCAGGCCUAUGACUGUAGUUAUCACUCCCUUUUCUAAUCCACUUAAUUCUUUGGGAAUUAAAAUCAAAUUCCAAAAUAGGCAGAAUUUCUGGAUGUUGUGGGUCUAUGUUGUGGAAUCUUGCAAGUCCAAAAUUCAGGGUAUUUGUUGUGUUGGUGCUUUCCAUGAAAUCAACUAUAUUUCUGUAAGUGAACCGUGUAAUUCUGGAUGCCUGGUUACUAACUUUGAGAAGCAUAUAACUUGUUAACAUCUGCUAAUUUGUGCCACUGUUAAAAGGAUUCUUCUGCCCUUUGUAAGAUUCAUAUUUUACUCCUUUCGAUUUUUCUUAUUCCAGAGAUUUCUGGAAGCCUAAUAAGCACUGUAUUUUCAGGUAGCAAAACCGGUAUAAUGCACAAUUUAUUUUCAUGUAACUAAGCACAGGGCAGCUGACACAAAUUAAUCUGCUUCUCACUUGUUAUGUAGCAGUAUACAAGUUAUGUGAAUGUACAGGUGAGGAUGGGCUAUUUGCCAAUACCAGGGAAUAAUGCCCUUUCUGAAUAAAUUUUUUCUCUUUCAAAACUAUGUAUAUUUUUUAAAAAUUGCGUUCUGAUAUCAGCAUAUCAUGGUAUUUUUUCCACUUAAAUUUGUAGUUUAUUAAUAGUUUCAUACUGACAUGCUCCCAGGAAAGGAAAUGAGGUCUUAAGGUAAUUAAAAUUUAAGACCAGUAUAGGUACGCUCUCUGUACCAAGGGAGAGAAAGGGUAGAGAGAGUUUUCUUCAUUUUUAUGUAUGGAAUGUUGCAUCAUUAAUCCAAACUGCUUUGGUAAGAGUCAUUUCCUGUCAAUAAUCUGCUUGCCAGAUUCUGAGUUGCUCAGCAGUGUUUCCAUGUUUUAAAAAAAAUCCACCAAGUUAUGCUGAUAAUAAGGUCAUGCCUCGCGCAAUGUUUAAUUUAAGCAAAUAACCAACUAACACUGGUUAUUUGCAAACCAACAUACCUUUGAUCAAUAGUCAGGAGGGUUGCCAGUUUGACUUUUAUUUACUUAGUUUCCUGAGUUAAGGUCUUUUUCUAACUGUAACUUGUACUUGAAUGGAGAGAGAAGUUAGGUGGCAAGUUACCGUAGACAGACUUUUAUUUUCACAUGAAUUGCACUUCCUAUGGUCUGCAUGCUAGUACCAUCUUCUAAAGUAAACAGUUCCUUGAUUUUUUUUUCUUGAAUUAUAAAGGGACAUGGCAGCAAUCUUCCUAAACUUAAAAAGAAAUGCAUCCUGUACACUGAAAUGCAAUUGCACAACUCCCUAACCAUUGUAAUUAUCCUUGUCUCAACUGCAACAGCAAUUGAAUGUUAAUGCCAAUAGCCAAUAAAUAAUCUAUAUAAGUUGACUUUUGAUGUGCAGAAACUUAUCAUCAAGUUAGAAUGUCCAUAUUAAUUAGUAAAUUCAUGUUAGUAUAUUUUAUGCAGGUUAAAAACAUACACUAUUCCUGUUGGAACAAUGUUACCUACCUAAAACCUUAGGCUUGGCAGAUUGCCAAGCUUUGCGCCCAAAUUUAUUCCAUUGAUUAGUACAAUGUUUUUUCAGCGCACAAAUCGCAAACUCACUAUCGCUUGGCUGGAUAGAUGCCUUACCUGGUACACAAUCAUGUAUACAAAUAAUUGCUACUGCAUACUGAAUAGUGGCCAAAUGAAUAAAUUUUCUGAAGCAAAAUUAUCUGAACUAAAUUCUUAACUGCUCUUGCAUUUGUAUUAAUUGAAUAAAAAUAAUAAAUAUAAAUAAUGUUUUUUAAAAUAUUUAAACUACCACAAUUUUUAAAAUAGCUGAUGCAGUGAAUAAAAUGGUGCUAGUUCAACAACAGCAUUUCAGGUAAUAGUUAGCUUUUUGUUACCAGUUAGUCAAUUUGGAAUCUCAAAGCAAAUUAUUUAUUAAUUAUUAAGAUGUAUUACUUUGUUAUCUCAUUAGAACAUUAUAAUAUUCUAUUUGUGGCUGUUGAGGGCAGUACAGCCACUGAUUUCUUUUCUCUCAAUUGGCUUUAUAAUAUGUGCUCACUAUCCACUACCUCACCCAGGCAGAUAACAAUGUAUGAACAAAAAUAGAUCAUGGACUGAAACUGGAGCAAUCCUUCCUGGGUUGUAAUAUACUGUUGCACUGAGCAGUGAUUUCACCAAAUGAGCCAACAAGGAAAGCCAAAAAAGGGAAGAGGAAACAUGGUUUUGACAAUUUUCUUUUUCUCAUUCCCUCCAAAGCCAUUGACUGACGAUUGUUUCUUUAGAUUAGAAUUCCAAAACCUUGCUUAACAAUUUUGAUCCUCUCAGCACCAGAUCUGCACAUUACAGUAGGCUAAGGCUCAAGGUGGUAUUAGGAAGGUGAACCAUACCUGUUUUUUUUUAAACAUAGAAUACAGGCACUGAUGCUGAUUCCAGCUGAGAUCAGUUAAUUCACUACAACUUAAUUACAUGCUAUUUUCAUGAACCACUGAGGCAGCAAUAAAAUAAUUUCUAUUAUCUUUACUUAGCAGGCAUUCCCUCGAGAGGAACUUAUUUUACUUGCAUCUAAAUGUCAAUAGAGUGUAAUGCAGAAUGCAAUACUAUUGGCACUUCGAAAGCCAAUUGAUCUUCUAGAGGACAGAAGAAAAUAUUCAAAUUUGAUAUUUCUAUACUGCAAAUCCAAGUUUGUACAUCUCCAUCUUUAGAUCAAUGGUGUGCAACCUAUGCUGAAAAUUCACACAAACAAUGCUUGAGAGUAGUAGAACUGGUCAACUUCUUUCUAAACCAGUGUUGGGUGGCACGGUGGCACAGUGGUUAGCACUGCUGCCUCACAGCACCAGAUACGCGGGUUCAAUUCCCGACUCAGGUGACUGACUGUGUGGAGUUUGCACAUUCUCCCCGUGUCUGCGUGGGUUUCCUCCGGGUGCUCCGGUUUCCUCCCACAGUCCAAAGAUGUGCAGGUCAGGUGAAUUGACCAUGCUAAAUUGCCUGUAGUGUUAGAUAAGGGGUAUAUGUAGGGGUAUGGGUGGGUUGCACUUCGGCGGGUCAGUGUGGACUUGUUGGGCCGAAGGGCCUGUUUCCACACUGUAAGUAAUCUAAUCUAAUGGCCAUACCCUCUACUGUUAUUAUAGCAAAUGAAUUGUUGUUGAGAUGUAUGCAAAUUAGCUACAAUGUUAAAAAUGGGAUUGCUACUAUAUAUCGUGGAAAAGUAUCAAUAUUUCUUGUCCUGACUUCAGAAGUCCAACAUUCAAUUGACUAUUAGUAGAGAGUAUGUAUAUGAAAUGUAGACCUAUUUUCCUUUUCUCAACUUAAAAUGGGCAGUUAAUGCUAUGGAAGCAUCAGUCUUUAUUUACAUUGCAAAAAGUAUGAUUCUUCAUAUGUGAGCCCACACAACAAGUGUUGUUGCUAUCGAAAAGAGAUGAUAUCACACAUCAGAGUUCAUUCGCCCAAAAACAGCUAUAUUUACUUAGUUACCUGGAAAGGAAACUGUCCUCUAGCUGUAGUCAUACCUAGCAGAAAGGAAAACUUUUAUGUUUGUUGGAGGUUAGUAACUUCACCAAGAAUUCUUCGGGACAGUGCACAAGGCCCAACAUCUUCAGCCAGGGUCAGAAGUGGAAAUAUCUGUGCUGACUGAAGUGGUCAAUUUCAUUUGCAAUUUGUCAUAAGGGGAAAUGGUAAUAUCUAUGAACUAGUAAUGCAGAACCCUUGGCUCAAGUUCUGAGGACAUGGGUUUGAAUCAUCCCUGGUAAAUAGUGAAAUCUGGACUCAAUAAAAGCUAGUUUAACUAUAACCAAUAUAACCAUGUAACAAAUGCCAAUUGUUGUAAAGACCCACUAAUGGUUACUAAUGUUUUUUAAGGAAGUAAGUUGAUCAUCUGUACCUGAUCUGGCCUACAUAGGAACUUCAGACUAAUAUUCCUUCUAAGCUGUGUGGUCAUGCAGUUGCUGGGCGAUUUCACACCCGCUGAUACAAUGGCUUCUGCUUUCUGAAGCCGUUGCCAUGCUCAGCACUGAGGUCCAUGCAGCAAUUAACUACUAGUUGGAAGAUUGCUCCAAACCCACAGCUAUGUGAAACAGUUCCAUUGUUCUCCAGGCACAUCAAUGUUGGCCUAGCGAGUUACGGCAAUAUUUCACAAAUAAAUAAAAAUAAUGAAGUUGCCCAUGUCUGCAUGGAACAAAAUCUAGACAAUAUGCAGGCUUCAGCUAAGUGCCAAAUAACAUUUGUGCCACGUAAGUGCCAGGCAAUGACUAUCUCCAAGUGUUUAACUACCUCCUGACACUGUGAAAGCACCUAUCAUCAAUAUCAGAGAGUUGUCAUCAUUGACCAGAAUGAGAGGAGGCAUGUAACUACUGUUGAUACAAAAGCAAGUCAGAAACUAGAUAUUCUGCAGCAAGUCUGUCACCUCCCAAAGACAUCUGCAAGGUGUAAGUCAGGAAUGUAAAGAAAUACUCGGCACUUAUAUGGAUGAGUUCAAUUCCAACAACUUUCAAGCAAGUUGAUAUCAUCCAGGACAAAGUUGCCCAAUAAUGCCCAUUCAGUAUCUUAAACACUCACUUGCUGGCCAAUACCCUGGAACUCCCUACUUAACAGCAGAAGGGAUAUUUUCACUACAAGAGGACUGCAGCAAUUCAAAACAUAAGUUUUCUACCACUUCCUUAAGGGAAUUAAGGAAUAGACAAUAAAUGCUAGCCUCGAAAGCAACAUCCAUUUGCAAUGGAUAAAUGCUUUUUAAAAAUCAGCUAUUGUGACCAUGACUCUCUUCACUCCUCCACCUAUUAUCAUGCCCCCAGUGCUCCAGCCAAGAACUGUGGACAGGUCUGAGGCUUUUGUUCUUGCCUUUCAAGUAAUUCACAGGAUUGUAAAUUAGUUUACCCAAGAGAAUACCUAAAUUAUGAACUGCCUCCUUUAAAAAUAAAAGUAUGUCUGGGGGUGUAAAUCCACAGAUUUACAUAGAUUGCGAAUUUUGGUACACAGUUUCUAAUUGUGUGGUUAACACCUCUUUCAAACAGUGUAUAUUUUAGAGUGGAGUAAGAGCCAUGAAACCUCUUCUAACAAUACUAGCAAUUAAAAACUAAUAUUAGACAAAGUUAAUGCAUUUUAUAUUGAUGAUUUCACUGAGCAAACGUCUGAGGAGUAGAAGUUUUGUUGUUUAUCUCAAGGUGGUUCAUAAUGUUAUACAUAUUUUUACUACUUAAACUGGUAAUGGCAUUCUGCCUGAGCUUACAUUAUGUAAUUUCCAUUUUGUUCCACUGCUGUACUGCAUGUAUGCCUGAAUGGUGCUCGGGUAGUUGUAGAUUAAUGAAAUACUUUAAAAUAAACUGAUGGUGAAACAAACUGAUCCUGAAGAUUAAAACAAAAUUGUACAGAUGCAAAAUGCAAUUAUUCCUAGGUUUCUUCACAUAAUUUCUAACCAAAAAAGUGACAUGCUAAGUAGUUCAAAUGCCAAUAGAACUAGUGAUUUUUUUUUUAAAAAGUCAUUAAAUUACUGGAUGUAUGAUUAAGGGGAAACAGAAACAAAUUGAAGAUGCUUAGUGGUUGGUGUUACAAAAUAUGACCUGCAAGCAGGUGUUCAGUAUAUACCAAAACCUGCUUCCAAUUUGAUCCUUUAAGACUGAAAACAGGUUGUAAACCUAUUUAAUUAUGCCAUCAAAAUCAUGUAUGUUA